AUGGGCGAUAUUGCCCGAUCGCUCGCCGAACGCUAUAAGAAAUAUGGAUUAUCGACUGACGUCGAAGAGGGUGAAUAUUGUCCUGGUGGUUCACUAGACGAGACUUUACCCGAAGAUUAUGUGCCAGGAUGUCAUUAUGGAAGUCAAGAUGACGAAGGAUACACGGGAAGUCUCAAUGGCACUGUGAUAGGAACUUACGACGAGGAUGUUGAACAUAUGAAUGAGGAUUUUGAUGCUGAGCAAUACGGUUAUGCGGAAAGCCAGGUCGAGCAGCGACAUGUUCACUUUGAUCAGUCCUACCAGCCCAUACGAAUACCCAAUGGUCACUAUGGAAUGAACGGGUAUCAAAUAUAUGGUGGAAUGAAUGAAUUAUUGGCGAGUCCGUUGAUUGUCGUUGAAAAAACGGAUAAAAGGAGAAGAGAUGGUGUCGGAGAUCUCGUCGAAGCCUUGAGAAAUCCGGAGAAGAAAAUAACCGACGACCAAAUGGAACAAGAACAAAAGCAGCGCCGAGUAUUAAACUCGUCUGGGCAACUCAUUCGGAAUGUGGAUCUCCCUGUUUGUAGGAUAGUCGAAGUUGUGCAACGAGUGGCUUUUGGCGAUGGUCAAGAGCCGUGUGAUCUCCCCCUCCACCGCCUCAUCCAACUGAUGUCAACUCUGUCCGAAAACAAACAUCCAAAAGAUUAUGAAAUCUUUAUUGCUGAACAAGAAGCUGAAAUGGAACAACAAAGAGCUGAGGAAAUGGAAGCGAAUCGGAUAGAAGAGCUCACUUCUGGAGGUUUCAUUCCACCCGCUGAGGAUAUUGCUGCCGAGACUUUUGAAGUAGAAGUUGAAGGAAUCCCUCUACCUGGUGAGAACAAUGGCGGAAUCGUACCUACAUUUGAUUCUUUCGGUGGUUUGCGGCAAAUCAGAAGACCCUACAAGAAAAAGAUUUCCCCACAAUGUCCAUUUUGCGAUAAACGAUAUCGAAACGAGUUCUCGCUGAAGAAACAUUUCAUCAAAAAACAUCCAGAAUAUAUUGAUUUCAAGCAAUGUAUUAGAUGCUUUAAAUGCUUACGAGAUGAUACAGAAUUGAGGGAUCAUGAAUGUGAAUUGACUUACGUUUGCUUUGAGUGCAAUCCAAUUCGAAAUCUCAUCUCGGACAUUCGUUUAUUGAAUCAUCGAAAGAAAUUCCAUCGUGGAGCCAACUCUGGAUUCAGAUGUAAUCAAUGUAAUCUCAAAUUCCUCACUCCUCGUAAACUUCGAAAGCACAAAAAAAUGGCUCACGUUUUCACAAAAACUUUUCAAUGUCAUUUUUGUGAAGAAAUCUUUAUCUCCGAAAUUUCGGUGAUGACUCACGAGCGGGUGCACACAGGAAUCAUCAAAUUUGAGUGUAAAAUCUGUGACUUCAAAUGCAAUCGUUUCAUUCAAAUGGAAGAGCACGCAAAGGAAGAACAUGGCUACAUUUGUGCGAUUUGUCAAGAGAAGUUCGCAGAAUGGGCUGAAAUCAAGAAUCACACACUGCAAGAACAUGGUGGAUAUCUGACGAGUGACUCGAAUUCUGGUUACAUCGAAUCUCCACGAGUAUGGGUGAUGUUUAAAGGAGAA